AUGAAUGAAGAUAUUGACGUAUUGCAGGUUUGGGAGAACAGUGUGCUCCCCACUCUGCUGCCCGUGCCCUUGGCUUCCCGAAACGAAGCCGCUGAAGAAAAACACGCGAAGCGAAACACGCGGAGCGCACCGCCGCUCGCCAACCGUCAACCUCACCCCCGCGGGCGACGCCUUUAG